AUGACGUGGUUUGACCUGGUUGAUGAAGAGGAGGUGAUAAGAGAUGAGGUGGUUGAUGAAGAGGAGGUGAUGAGAGAUGAGGUGGAUGAUGAAGAGGAGUUGAUUAGAGAUGAGGUGGUUGAUGAAGAGGAGGUGAUGAGAGAUGAGACGGUUGAUGAAGAGGAGUUGAUAAGAGAUGAGGUGGUUGAUGAAGAGGAGAUGAUUAGAGAUGAGGUGGUUGAUGAUGAAGAGGAGGUGAUAAGAGAUGAGACGGUUGAUGAAGAGGAGUUGAUUAGAGAUGAGACGGUUGAUGAAGAGGAGUUGAUAAGAGAUGACCUGGUUGAUGAAGAGGAGUUGAUAAGAGAUGAGGUGGUUGAUGAAGAGGAGUUGAUAAGAGAUGAGGUGGUUGAUGAAGAGGAGUUGAUAAGAGAUGAGGUGGUUGAUGAUGAAGAGGAGUUGAUGAGAGAUGAGGUGGUUGAUGAUGAAGAGGAGUUGAUGAGAGAUGAGGUGGUUGAUGAUGAAGAGGAGUUGAUUAGAGAUGAGGUGGUUGAUGAUGAAGAGGAGUUGAUUAGAGAUGAGGUGGUUGAUGACGAAGAGGAGUUGAUUAGAGAUGAGGUGGUUGAUGAUGAAGAGGAGUUGAUUAGAGAUGAGGUGGUUGAUGAUGAAGAGGAGUUGAUUAGAGAUGAGGUGGUUGAUGAUGAAGAGGAGUUGAUUAGAGAUGAGGUGGUUGAUGAUGAAGAGGAGUUGAUUAGAGAUGAGGUGGUUGAUGAUGAAGAGGAGUUGAUUAGAGAUGAGGUGGAUGAUGAUGAAGAGGAGUUGAUUAGAGAUGAGGUGGAUGAUGAUGACGAGGAGUUGAUUAGAGAUGAGGUGGAUGAUGAUGACGAGGAGUUGAUUAGAGAUGAGGUGGAUGAUGAAGAGGAGUUGAUUCGAGAUGAGGUGGAUGAUGAAGAUGAGUUGAUUCGAGAUGAGGUGGAUGAUGAAGAUGAGGUGAUGAGAGAUGAGGUGGUUGAUGAAGAGGAGGUGAUUAGAGAUGAGGUGGUUGAUGAAGAGGAGGUGAUUAGAGAUGAGGUGGAUGAUGAAGAGGAGGUGAUGACAGAUGAGGUGGUUUGA